GCUAACGUGUUUUAUAAUCGUGCUUUUAAACUAGCAAUUCGUUCAACAAUUAUAGUGAUAAUCGUGCACAUUACUUUCACACGAUGACUGAAUGUUCGCGCCGGAACGACAAACAGGUCCAAAGUUCCUUACGGACAAAAUAAAAUGUAACAAACAUAUACUGUAGGUUUGCAAGUCGAAUCGCUUUAGUGUUGUAUAAGCUAUACUGUUAUUUCUUAAUGUAGUUAUAAUCAAAAGACAUCAUAGUAUAGCAUGUGAAUGGGAAACAUGAACGCAGAAAGCACCUCGUCUGAAUACAAAAUGAUCACUCCGUCUAGAAACCAGUGUGUAUACACCAGCUGUUACUGUGAGGAGAAUGUGUGGAAAUUGUGUGAAUUUGUCAAGGAUCAGGGUACUUGCUCGUUGGAUGAAGUGUAUGCAGUCUUUAUCUCUAAUGAAAGAAAAAUGAUACCCAUCUGGAAGCAAAAGUCCAGUCGAGGGGAUCAACCAGUAAUCUGGGAUUACCAUGUUAUUCUUCUACAUGUAACUAAACAAGGACAGAGCUAUAUAUAUGAUUUAGACACCAUCCUUCCCUUCCCUUGCUUACUAGAUGUAUAUUCAAAGGAGGCCUUUCGUUCUGAUGAACAUUUAAAACCUGCUUUCUGGAGGAAACUUCGUGUCAUACCAGGUGACAUCUACAUGAAAAAGUUUGCUUCUGAUCGGUCACACAUGAAGGACUCUGAGGGGAACUGGCGUAUGCCGCCUCCACCAUACCCCUGUUUAGAGACAUCAGAAUCGAAAAUGAAUCUUGAUCACUUCAUCUGCAUGGAUGCUCGGGUGGGAUACGGAGAGGUUUACAACCUUUCAGACUUUGUUCAACACUUUGAAGUGAAGUAAUUUUUUUCCUUUAUGCCAACACUCUGUGUUGAAAAAAAGACAUGGACAGAGCCUCAGGGAAAGAUCUCAUUAGCAAGGACAUUACUGUAUAGAAGCGGUUCUUGAAAUACGUAUCUGUAGCCUGUCAAACUUUUUUUUUUUUUUUACUAAGAGAAAGGUUUAGUUCAUAUACCUUACAAGGUGAUUCAAAAUUACAGUCAGGUACAAAAAUCACAGAAAGAAAUGUCAAUGAAAUAAGCAGGAU